UAGGAAGCCCCGGGCGGGCGGGCGGUGGAGCCCCGGGCUGGGGGCGGGGAUCCAGGGACAACGCGCGCCCCCUCUUCCCCCAUUCCUUCUCGACGUGUAGAAAUUCCCUUGAUUACCGUGCAAUCUAAAUCUUCCUCUCACUGCCCAGGAAGUCACCGCGGCCCCCUCCUCCGGUACAGCGGCACACCAUCGCACCUCUGGGGACCCCCGGAAUCCCCUUACUCCUGCAAAUUCCUCUGAUACGCCUGCAGGCCCACCAUUCUCUCCUGGAUGCACCCAAGCGGUUCCACCACCCGGAAAUUUCUCUGGUCCCUCAUAUCCCCCGUUCUUGCACCAUGCCCAAGACCAAAGUCUUGCCCACAUUCCCUGAAACCCUGUCAUACAUCCUGAGUCCCCCUGACCCCCUUUAACUCCCGCCUUGACCCACACCUAUCCCAGACUACAGCCCCCUUGCCCCCAUCCCGCCCAGUGUAAUCCCCCUCAUUGGCCUGAGGAUAUGUCCUGAUACCUCAGAGAUGGGGAAUAGAAAAGGCACCCUAUAGUUAGUCUUGGGUUCAUCCCAUAAUCCCUGUUGGUGAUUUAAACCCCAAUAUUUUUACACACUUUACUCAGCCUGCUUCUUCCAGAGAAUAAGCCAGACUAAGAAUUUCGGGGGUCUUUUUACCUGGGAAGUUGUCCAAGGAUGCCAGCUAGCAGGGGCCCUGGGAGUUGAUAUUGUUGGCCAGAGCAGGCGAGUAGGAUUUCCAGGGUCUCCAGGCGCCUGGCGUGUCGACUUGUCUGCCUGCGGCUCACAUGCCCUGAAAUUUUGGGGUUUAUUGUUAUCAUUAUAUUAAAAUUUUAGGCCCUUCAGAGCUUGAGGAGCAGAAUGUCAAGCUCGCAAACGUAAGAUCGAAGGAGCCUGUCCUUAAGAGAAAGAUGUCGAUUUUAUUGAUUUUUGUCUUACACAUCUACCUUUAGAAGUUACUUCAGCUAGCAGCCCCACAGUUUACAGAUGUUUCAUAUGUAAAAACUAAACCCUUGAGGUGGGGAGGGGGGUGUGAGUGGGGGAUUGACUUGACAGUGUCUCCCAGAUACUUCAUAGCAACAAAACAGACUAGAAUAUCGGUUUCCUGAACUUUAAACCAGUGCUUUCUUCAACACAUUUCAGUGUCAUUUUGAGAACGCUCUUCGUAGACUUAAAGUUCUCUGCAAAGGCCGAGUGGUGUUUUUGGUGUUGGUUUUAAGAGGAUUCAGAGGGGGUCUAGAGGUGAUUUGAAAGGUUUUGGGCUGUCCCAGACUUCAGACUCACUGAUGCUAGGGGGAUCUCUCCGUCUCAGGGCCUCUGGGGCUUGGAAUCUGUGAUCCCAUUGCCCUUUCUUCAUUGGUGUUCCUGUUCCAUCAGGACCUGGAACAGAGAUUCCAGGACUGACAACCAAAAAAAAAACCCAAACCCUUUGCUGUAGAGUCGAUUCCCACUCAUAGCGACCGUAUACAACAGGUUAGUUUUAUUUACAAGGGUGGGGAUGGGAGGUUUCUACUAACCUACUAUCUCUGUCUCCUAUGCUAGGUGAGCCCCAGGUGUGUCCCAGAGGGCUCCAGGUCACUUCUUGGCUGACUGCUUGCCAUGAUACCCCAUCAAGGACGGGGAGAAUAAAGUGGAGCCUUUCCCCAUGCCCCUCCCAUGGUCAGCUCCCCGAUGGCCUGGGUGAGGGUGGGCUGUCUGCUCUGACACCAUGGGGAGCUGCUGCAGUUGCCUGAACAGAGACAGCGUCCCAGACAAUCACCCCACCAAGUUCAAGGUGACGAAUGUGGAUGAUGAGGGGGUGGAGCUGGGCUCCGGGGUGAUGGAGCUGACGCAGAGUGAGCUGGUGCUGCACCUGCAUCGGCGUGAGGCUGUCCGCUGGCCCUACCUCUGCCUGCGCCGCUAUGGCUAUGACUCAAACCUCUUCUCCUUUGAGAGUGGCCGCCGCUGUCAGACAGGCCAGGGGAUAUUUGCAUUCAAGUGUUCCCGGGCCGAGGAAAUCUUCAACCUCCUUCAGGAUCUGAUGCAAUGUAACAGCAUCAAUGUGAUGGAAGAGCCUGUCAUUGUCACCCGCAACAGCCACCCCGCAGAGCUCGAGCUCCCUCGGGCCCCCCAGCCUCCCAGCACUCUAGGCUACACUGUCUCCAGCUUCUCCAAUGGCUUCCCUGGCUGCCCAGGUGAGGGCCCGUGGUUCUCAGCUCCCCGGCGCCCCUCGACAAGCAGCCUGCGACACCCCUCGCUUGGGGAAGAGUCCACCCAUGCCCUCAUUGCCCCAGAUGAGCAGAAAAGGAGGCGGCUUCCUGGAAGGAUUGGAGGACCAGGAAGAGGAGGAAAAUCUAGCCCUUUUUGCCUGUACUUCUCUUCGCUCAUCUCUUUUCUUCCCUCCUACCUGCCCUUGCACCUUCUCUGCUUUGUUUGGACUUUCCCCCAGUCCCACACCUAUGUCAACACACCGGCCAGUGAGGAUGACCACUGCAGGAGCCGGCACUGCCUGCAGCCCCUGCCUGAGGGGCAGGCACCCUUCCCCUCACAGGCCCGGGGCCCGGGCCAACAGGACCCACAAGUCUUCUUGCAGCCGGGCCAGGUGAAGUUUGUGUUGGGCCCCACCCCUUCUCGGCGGCACAUGGUGAAGUGCCAGGGCCUCUGCCCCAGCCUACAUGACCUUCCCCUCCACAACAAUAACAACGAGGGCCCUUCUGAGUGCCCUGCCCAGCCCAAGUGCACCUACGAGAAUAUCAGCGGGGGGCUACGGCGAGGGGGCAGCUGGAGACUGAGCCCAGAGGACCCAGGCUGGAAUGGCCUUGCCCACCGCCGGGCGGCCCUGCUGCACUAUGAGAACCUGCCCUCCCUGCCCCCUGUGUGGGAGAGCCAAGCCCAGCAGCUGGGGGAGGAGGCUCGGGAUGAUGGAGACUUGAGGGAUGGUCUCACACCCUCCUCCAAUGGCUUCCCUGAUUGUGAGGAGGAUGAGACUCCACUGCAAAAGCCCACCAGCACCCGGGCAGCCAUCCGUAGCCAUGGCAGCUUCCCUGUGCCACUGACCCGCCGCGGGUCCCCGCGAGUCUUCAACUUUGAUUUCCGCCGGCCGGGCCCUGAGCCCCCAAGGCAGCUCAACUACAUCCAGGUGGAGCUGAAGGGCUGGGGUAGUGACCGGCCCAAGGGGCCCCAGAACCCCUCAGUCCCCCGCACCCCCGUGUCCACCGCCCACCCUGUCCGCAGCUCAGACUCCUACGCUGUGAUUGACCUCAAAAAGACUGCAGCCAUGUCCAACCUGCAGAGGGCUCUGCCCCGAGAUGAUGGCACCGCCAGGAAAACCAGGCACAACAGCACCGACCUGCCUCUGUAGGGACAGCCCGUCCCACCGCCCUCGCCCCUCCUCAUCCCACCCCGCCUCACGCUCCUGUCCUCUGAACCCACCCCAGGGGAUUGGGGUAGGACCAGAAGCUCCCCAAAGAUAUCAGCCAUGGAGUUUCCUGGUCUCCAAGUGGGAGAGAGAAGAGGGUCGCCAGGCGAGGAGGGAGCCGAGACGCAAACUGUGAAGGGUUCCCAGGAUUGCAUUUAGCAUCUCCCAUUAUGUCCACCUCCCGUUAUGUCUUGUCUGUCUGUCUGUUUUUUUUUUUUUUUUUUGGUUGGAAUUUUGAAACAUUUUGUACCUGUUGAUUUUAUUUAUCAGUUUAUUUUUCUAUUUAUUGUUUUAAAUGUAAUUUAACAUAUUUAUUAUUAAUAUUAUAAUUAUUUUUAAAUUCUGGCUCAGUGGAUAAUGUCCUGUUCUUAUGGAAUCCUGUCUGGCAUGGUUCUGUGAUGGAAGUAGGGGAGACCCAACAGAUGGAGGUCACAAGGGGGUCAUUGUGGGGAAUUCAGGAUGGCUCUGAUUUUUGUGACAAUUCUGUGACCAUCUCUUUUUCUACUCUGGGAGGCCCUGGCCCAGAGCUUAAAAUUGCCAGGGAUGGAUUCUUUAUGGAAGUAAAGUGACAGAUGGGGACGGCUGGAGUCCUAGAUGCAGAAAGGAGAUCUGUAAGGAAAACCACCCUAAUGAGGUAAAACCCUGAUCCUCUGAGGUGGGCAGUGGGAGUGGCAGGAGUGGUCUGCAAGAUUCACCUUCGCUAGAACCCCUCGCUGGUUCUCCUGUCUGCCACCUGGUGGACCCAGGGAUGCUGUUCUCCUUUGACUCCUUGGCCUAGAGGUGAACCCUGGACUCCCCUUGGUGCCCCCAGCACAGCUAGGUCAAGGCUAGAACCUUUAAACAGGGCUUUACUAAAAGCCUCAGAAUAGAAAAGGAAAGAGCACACAGUGUAAUGUAUAACUAGAUAAUCUGGCUUGCAAAAUGUGACUUUCCCAGAGAACUGACCCCCAGGCAUGGACUCUUGGGGCACCUCCUACCCUACCACAACGGGAAGGGCCUCACAGAGCCACACAGCAGAAUAUAUCGGGAAGCCAUGGGUCUGCCCAGGGCUUUUGUUGGGCUCCCUCUCCCUGUCCUGAGGUGCCUCUUUGCUCUUCCUCCUCUCGCUUGUCUCCCUUCCUCCAAGAUUCCAUUUUUAUCUCAAAUCCCUGUACAGUUAAUCUAAAGAAAAUCCAGUUUCUGUGAUGAGCCACGCAGGGCCUAGGUGAGGAAUGGAAGGGAGGUUUAUCCAAGACUUAGGGAAAAGCCAUUUUGUCUCUAGUCCCUGUCUGUGCCUGGCUCCCAGACCUAUGGAGCGAGCUGACCUGUUCUCCUCAUCGGGUAAACAGGCAGAUGUGGGGCUUGCCAACUGCUUCCCUCCCCAUCUUUGCUGUCCAGAACACCAUUGUUGGGGCCUCAAUUCCUGGGCCUCCUUCCCUGAGUGGGGAUUAGACUGAGCAGCUUCCGGAACUCCCUGGCCUUUGGUAUCGACUCUCUAUUAGGGAAAUUGUCAGCAAGGAAUGGUCACAACAGGAUGUGAAAGAGGCCCUUCCUCUUGGGGCUAGCAGGGUCCCAGGGUGCAGCUGCCAGAACCCCAAAGCUGGCAUCAAGCCCCUCUCCCGUUUACUUCCUUUGAUCUCUGGGCCAGAGGGAUCCCUUGCUACAGGCUGGAUUCAUUGCAUUUUUUCCCACACUGCCAUGCAGAAAUGCCACACCCUCUGCAGCCUACCCAGGCAGCUCAAUUCCGCUUUCUGGAUGGCCUCUUCACAUGCAACCCCUAUACCUCCAUCGGGCCUCCAUGGUCAGGAGCAGUGGUCUCUUCAAACAGGAUGGCUGAGAUGGGGGAGGCCUCCGGCAGGCCAUGCUUUCUUUUGUGGGGCUGCUUAGGUCCCUCCUUACUCAUGGACAGGCGCUGCCACAGCCAAGGCAGAGGCUUGCUUGAGUCAAAGGACCAGGUUCUGGUCCUGACUUAACCACUAUCUUUGCUACCUUAAGCUUUGGUUACCUCAAAUGGGCCUCGGUUUUUGCACAUGGAAAACAUGGCGCUAGCUGUCAUAAGUAGCCAACGAGACGAUGAACAUGACACCACUUUGGAAAGUAGACAGGUCUGACCAUGCUGUAUUAACACCCUAGCCACUCCAGAGGAAAAAAAUAACUGAAGUCACAACUCGUAGUCCCUGAGACCUCCGGCCUACUGCUGCUCUUGCCGGACAACACAAGGAGGAGCGGUUAUUCUCUGAAGUCGCCAGAUCCUGGUCUGGUCCCCUGGGCUCCCUCUCUGGAGCAACUACCUCAAUGUGGGGCAUGUCCCUGGAAUUGGCUUCCAGCCCAGUGUGGCCCCCAACCUCCCCGUCCCUUCCCCAGGACACUGCCUCUGACCACAAGGUCUGCUGCAGGAAUUUUCCUCUCGGAGGGAGGGUGGGGUGUGUGGGGACAGCUUUGCUGGCGGGCAGGGGCUGGUGGGAGCAAUGCCCAGGAGUACAACUGUAGCUCUUGUGUGUAGCCUUCCUGCUGACACCAGGGUGUGGUGUGCAGUUUCCAUCACCACCAUGGGCCAAAGAUCGUGCAAAGAUCAUCACCAACAUCAGGGCAUGUUUGCUGAGUGCUCAGUUCUCUUCUUUAGAAGCAGGCCAUGCCCACACCCCUGGGCUGCCCUCCGGAAAGGAUGGGGCCCAGCAUCCUGUCCAGGAGUGACAUUUCAGGUCAGACCGUAGGAGGGGCCCUCCUGAGCCCACCCUCGAUAAUAAUAGCACUUUACAGGGGUGUAAACACCAUGGGUUCUCCACAGGGCCGUAUAGACCUUUUGUCUCUUUUGGGCUCACUGGGCAGGAUUGUUAUCUCGGCUGCACAGAGGAGGAAACAGGCCAAGAGGUGAAGCGACUUACCUCAGGCCAUGAAGUUAAUUAGUGGCUUGAGCCGGGGCUAGAUGCUGGUUGUGUGUCUUUCCCCCACGACUGCUCCCAGCCUACCCUGAAGGGGCUGCACUCCCCCAGGUAAGCUGCAGGGAGAGUGUGUUGGGUGUCCCCCCACAGGAGAGGGGAGUGAUGUCACAGCAGAAGGCCACAUUCCAGCACUCCCACUCAGGCAUCUCUGAAUUCUAAGCCAGGGCCCUGCCAGCUUAAGGACGAGGUAAAACUUCUUCCUUAGGGCCUGCCCAAUUGCCUACCCUCCAAUCCAACCCCCUUUACUCCUGUGAUUCCUCAGAGAUGGCUUCCAUUCUAUAGGUGGGAGUGGCCUGGGCAGUGUGCAGAAAGAGGCCUGACUGCACCUGCCCCAGCUUCCCUCUCCUGAGAAGCAUCUCAUCUUCAAAGGAGGCUCUGUCAGGUCAGGUCAGGACUCUCCUUGAGUCGUGGGGUGUUCUGUGACCAAUAUCUUAAUACUGGGAAUCAUACUCAGAGGGGAGGGCGGUUUAUAAUGAAGGGCCAUGGAGGCCUGAGGUGAAGGGUAGCUGAGACAGGGGUGGGGAGAGCCUUAUGGGCCCCUCAGAUCACAGAGUCCAGGAUAGAACCUCAGAGCUGGUGAGUCAGCUAGGACCAUCCGGGAUCCCUUCAACAGGAUCCCUGGGGUUGUUUACCCAGGCACUUAAUACCUCACAAGCCCUCCCUCCACCCUGGGUCUUAUGAAGUAGCUAUACUUUCCUCCCCUUGGGCCCUAAUUCUGCCCCUGGAUCCAUACACUCUCUGUCGAGUGUCCUGGACUUUGAAACUUGGCAUCACUGCUUAAUAACACCUUGACCUCUUUCUGUCUUAGUUUCCUCAUCUGUCAGUAGGGGUAAUAACAGUUCUUCCCCUCACAGAUUAAAUAAAAGAAUGUCUGCCCAGCAUGUACCAUGGCAAAUGACCCAUAGUAAGAGCUCAGCAAAUGGCAGGUUUUAUUCUUUUCCCCCAAAGAUCGUUCUUUCCAGCAUAACAAGGUAUCCAUCCCUCUGUGCUCUAGUUUGACCCCAAAACUGAGUGCAGCACCCAGGUCUGGGUGCAACUUCAGCCCAACACCUUCCUUGUUCUAGGCAUUAUACUUCUGCCUAAUGCAGCCCCAAUUACCAUUCCCUUCACUGGCUCUGCUGGCUCUUGGGACCUUAAAACCCAAAAAACCCAGGUCUGUUGCCAUUGAAUUGAUCCUAACUCAUGGCGACCUCGUGUGUUACAGAGCAGAACUGCUCUGUAGUGUUUUCUUGGCUGUAGUCUGUAAACUGAGGAGAACAUUCAAGCCUCGAGUUACAAUACUGAAGGACUCUACGGGCAAGAGAUUGAACAACACAGGAAGCAAUAGAAGAAGAUGGAAGGAAUACACAGAGUCACUGCAUGAAAAAGAAUUAGUCAAUGUUCAAAUGUUUUAGGGGGUGGCGUACGAUCAAGAACCAAUGGCACUGAAGGAAGAACUCCAAGCUGCUCUGAAGGCAUUGGUGAUAAACAAGGUUCCUGGAAUUCACAGAACACCAACGGAGGUGUUUCAACAAACGGGUGCAAUGCUGGAGGUGCUCACUCAUCUAUGCCAAGAAAUUUGGAAGACGGCUACCUGGAAGAGAUCCAUAUUUGUGCCCAUUCCAAAAAAAGGUGAUCUAACAAAAUGUAGAAGUUAUCGAAUAAUAUCAUUAAUAUCACACACAGGUAAAAUUUUGCUGAAGAUCAUUCAAAAGAGAUUACAGCAAGUACAUCGGCAGGGAAGUGCCAGAAAUUCAAGCCGAAUCUAGAAGGGGAUGUGGAAUGAGGGGUAUCAUUGCUGAUGUCAGAUGGACCUUGGCUGAAAGUAGAGAAACCAGAAAGAUGUUUACCUAUGUUUUAUUGACUAUGCAGAGGCAUUCAACUGUGUGGAUCAUAACAAAUUACGGAUAACAUUGUGAAGAAUGGGAAUUCCAGAACACUUAAUUGUGCUCAUGUGGAACCUGUACAUAGACCAAGAGGCAGUCGUUGUAACAGAACAAGGGGAUACUGCAUGGUUUAAAAUCAGGAAGGGUGUGUGUCAAGGUUGUAUCUUUUCACUAUAUUUAUUCAAUCUGAAUGCUGAGAAAAUAAUCCAAGAAGCUGAACUAUAUGAAGAAGAAGAGGGCAUCAGGAUUGGAGGAAGACUUAUUAACAAGCUGCGUUAUGCAGAUGACACAACCUUGCUUGCUGAAAGUGAAGAGAACUUGAAGCACUUGCUGAUGAAGAUCAAAGACCACAGCCUUCAGUAUGGAUUACACCUCAACAUAAAGAAAAUAAAAAUCCUCACAACUGGACCAAUAAGCAACAUCAUGAUAAAUGGAGAAAAGACUGAAGUUGUCAAGGGUUUCAUUUUACUUAGAUCCACAAUUGACACCUAUGGAAGCAGCAGUCAAGAAGUCAAGAAAUCAAAGGCUUGGGCAAAUCUGCUGCAAAAGAUCUCUUUAAAAUGUUAAAAAGCAAAGAUGUCACUUUGAGGACUAAGGUGAGCCUGAGACAAGCCGUGUGCGUGAAAAAGCUGGAAGAUGAAUAAGGAAGACCGAAGAAGACUGACGCUUUUGGAUUAUGGUGUUAGUGAAGAACAUAGAAUAUACCCUGGGCUGUCAGAAGAAUGAGCAGAUCUGUCUUGGAAGAAAUACAACCAGAAUGCUUCUUAGAAGCAAGGAUGGUGAGACUUCAUCUUACGUACUUUGGGCAUAUCAGGAGGGAUCAAUCUCUGGAGAAGGACACCAUGCUUGGUAAAGGACAGAGUCAUUGAAAAAAGAAGGUAAUCAGUGCAUACUUGGCACAGACCUUCAACUACAUGGAUUGACAGAGUGGCUGCAACAAUGGGCUCGAGUAUAGCCAUACUUGUGAGGAUGGCACAGGGCCGGGAGUGUCUCAUUCUGCUGUACAUGUAGGGUUGCUACGAGUUGGAAUCGACUGGAUGACAACACUCUUUACAGAAGUAGAUUCCCAGGCCUUUCUUCUGUGAUGCCACUGGGUAGGUUCAAACCACCAACCAAUAGCCUAGUAGUGAAGCACAAACCAUUCAUGCCACCCAGGGAAACUUGGGACCUUCAAGCUGACCUAAAACCACCAGGUUCUUCCCACAUAAACAACUGCAGUGAUCCCCACCCCUCCGCUCUCAUUUUAUAUUGGAGUCCUUGACUUUUUAAUUCAAAAUCCAGAACUGUCCAUUCAUCUGGGUCUGUCCCUGGAAUUUGGAGGCCCCAGCUCUCACUGUGAAGAGUGGGGUGGAGGGAAAGUAGAGAUGGUUGGCUGGGGAUGUCAGAAAGAAGGGUCUGGGAGGAGGUUCACUGUUCGGGGUGGAUCGUGAGGGUUCGGGCUGCAGUAUCAGCUCUUCCAGAAGCUUCUGUCUGUAUGCCAGAAGUUUGUUAAGAAGGCUCCCUGAUAUCUGUAGUGACUUUUCUGCCACUUGUCCUGCUUACAAGAUGGCUCCCUCUCUCGGUCUCUCUGGGCCUCAGUUUCCCCGGAGAUGGGAAUUCCUCCCCUGUGGCCCCCUUGCAGAGCUACUGGUGGAGAAGAGCUGGGGAGGUCAGGUGUGUAAAAGCAUAACUCAGGCCCCAGACGAAAGCUGUCAUUAUGCUCAUUCUUAAGGGAUUAUUAACAUAACCACUGAGUUAACGAGCAGCUUUGGGUGGUACCAGCACCACCCUGGUGCCUCCUGAUUGAAGGGGGUUUCCUCAGCUGUCUCCUCCCUCUGUUCUGCCCUUUUGGUUGGACAGUCAUGGUCUCUUGGGGGGGUCCCUCCCUGUUGCCUCCUCCACCCUUCCCCCUUCACCUAGCUCAGUUCCCCUAUGGUUGAGAAGACCCCAGAAAGAGUGUGCCUGGGACUAAAUGU